AUGGGGCUCAUCAACUUUCCAGCGGCCUUGCGAAUCGUUGCCCUCGCUGGCAUCCUCCUCGCCGACCUAGCCUAUAGUAUUGAUUUGGAUAUCAAUGAUGAGCAGUCGAUCAAAGCCGCUGCCAGCACGACCACCUAUGCGAUGAUGACAUACUAUAAAGGGAACGAAUCGGGCCAGAUCCCGGGCGCCUUUCCAACCAAGUGGUGGGAAGGAUCAACCCUUUUCCUCGCCUUGCUCCAGUACUGGCAUUUCACUGGGGACACCACCUAUAAUGACGAGCUGCGCGUGGGGCUGGAAUGGCAAGCUGGCGACGACGAUUAUAUGCCCUCGAACUAUAGCUCUUUCCUGGGGAAUGACGAUCAAAUGUUCUGGGGAUUGGCGGCCAUGACAGCUGCUGAAUUACAAUUCGCAGAUGCAACCGACGUCGGAAGUGGAUACUCCUGGCUCUCUCUGGCACAGGGUGUGUUCAACAGCCAGAUCAAGCGCUGGGAUAACACCAGUUGUCAUGGUGGUAUGCGGUGGCAGAUUUGGGAGUGGGAAUCUGGGUACACCAUGAAGAAUGCGAUUUCAAACGGUGGAUUGUUUCAACUGUCAGCGCGCCUUGCUCGAUACACCCACCAGGCGAUAUAUUCGCAAUGGGCUGAAAAGAUAUGGUACUGGUCCUUAUCCACACCUCUGAUAAGCAAUUCAACGUGGCAUGUAGCCGACUCGACCUCGGCCAUACAUCACUGUGAUGACCAAGGCGAUACGCAGUGGACAUACAACUACGGCACCUAUAUGAUGGGCGCAGCAUACAUGUACAACUACACCAACGGCAGCACAGUAUGGCUGGACGCGGUAAAUGGACUUUUGACAAAAACAUUUGACACUUUCCUUUCGAACAAUAUUUUGGAAGAAAUCACCUGCGAACCAACGGAACAAUGUAACGACAACGACAUCCUUUUCAAGGGCCUUCUGUCAUCCUGGCUGUCCUUUACAGCUCUUUUGGUCCCAUCAACGUAUAAUAAAAUCAUGCCUGUCCUGAAAGCCUCAGCUCAAGCAGCUGCCAAGUCAUGCACUGGCCACAAUAACAACACCUGUGGAGUUCGCUGGUAUCUGUCUACUUACGAUGGCUGGAUCGGAAUGGAGGAGCAGAUCAGCGCCACCAAUAUCUUCGUUGCCAACAUGAUCGCUUUCGACCGGUCGGCUCCCGUGACAGCCUAUACAGGGGGCGACAGUACGAGCAACCCAUCAGCUGGCGAGACUAACAGCAGUGACACCAAUCCAAAAGAAAGCCCUAUCACUGCUGCUGACAAGGCCGGGGCUAUAAUGCUGACCAUCGCCUUCGUAGGAGGCUGGAUUGGUAUUAUGGGAUUCAUACUUAUGGGUAGCUGA